CCUAUACAGUGUUUAAAGAAAAUUGGUCUUAUACUAAUAAAAGACCAAUAGAUUGUUUAUCUAAUACACCAAAUGCUAAUACAGAAGCUACUAUAGUUAGUAACUUAGUUGGCUGUUUUUAUUCAAAAUUGUGUAGAUUGGUCAAACUUGCUAAUAUUGAUGAAGAACAAAUUCAAUUACAAUUUUUUCAUAGACUUUUAUCAACUAAUUAA